CGGCGACUCGGCACUCGCGCUCGAGACCUGAACCUCCGAGGUUGCUAAACAGUCGGAGCGUCUUGCUGUCCUACGUCCGGUGGAUGCUGGUCUGCGGGUGCUGACCAUGAUUUUCCCUACUGGUGGAGGCGCCGCCGCCGACGGCGCCGGUCCCUCUGGGGGCGGCCGAGCGCGCCGCAUGCGGGGCGGAAGCAAGAAGGUGGUGCAGUGGCGGCAGCAGAAUGUGCAGCAGGGGCUGGUGAUCGUGGACGAGACGCAGCUGGCCAAGCUGAUCAAAAGGGAGCCCAUCGAGAAGUACUACGACAUGGACCCGGCACCUUUUGCCACUGGCAUGUUUGCGUCGGUCAGACGUUGCCGAUCAAAAGAAACGGGCCUGCUGUUUGCUGCCAAAUUCUGCUCAAGGGUUCGCUACGGUGAGGACUGCAGCGCCGAGAUCUACCACGAACUCACCCUACUGUCCCUUUGUUCGCCUUCGUCCAGAAUUAUCAAACUACAUGACGUAUUUGAAACGGCAAAAGAAAUCAUCAUCCUCUCAGAAUAUGCGCCUGGAGGAGAUUUGCAGACCAUCAUAGACGAAAACAUGGUACCAUUCGAGUCCGACGUGCAGCACUUUGUGCGUCAACUGGUUGAGGGACUCGCCUACAUCCACGACCGGAAGAUUGUGCAUCUCGACAUUAAGCCGCAAAACAUCGUGAUGAUGGGACCGUUUCCCGAGUGCGACAUCAAACUGUGUGACUUUGAAAUAUCCAGGGUGCUGCUGGAAGGCGUGGAAGUGCGCGAAAUCCUUGGCACCCCCGACUAUGUUGCUCCUGAAAUUAUUCACUACGAGCCAAUCACUUUUGGAGCUGAUAUGUGGUCACUGGGUGUUACGGUCUACGUCUUACUGACAGGAUUUUCACCAUUUGGAGGCGAAACUGACCAAGAAACAUUUGCAAAUAUUUCACGCUGCAACCUAGACUUCCCUGCAGAGCUCUUUGAGGAUGUGUCCGCCGAAGCGCAAGACUUCGUCGCUCGUCUUCUGGUUCGACAACCAAAUAAACGGAUGACAUCUAAAGAGUGCCUUAGACACCCCUGGCUGGCCAAAAAGCCAAGAACGCCUCUUGGUGGGUCUGCAAAAAAUAUCUCAUCCCGCUCCGAAUCACCAAUAAUGCCUCAAAUAACAAGUCACGCGUCCCAGAAAAAUCUGCGCAAGUACAUGUCGAAAUCGAGAGAAGCCCUUUUCGAGCGCGUCUCCGGCAGCAAUUUGCGGAAAACUCUGUCCAAAUCCCGAGAGCGGCUGUGCGAAAGUCAGUUUUCUCUUGUGUCCAAGUCGAGGGAGAAGUUGCUGAUGUUGGAGCCGUCGUCCCGCUCGAUAGAAAAGCUGUACGGUCUGCGCAGUUUGUCCAAGUCGCAGGACGCGUUGAGCACAAAAGAACUGUUUGCCUUGAGCCCGGCGCUGGCCACGCAGCACAGAUUGCGGUACCAGAGUGAGUGCGUGGGUCUGUGCAUGCGGGACUCGGAGGCGCCAACGCCGACGCCCGACGUCGAGGCCAUCAGCACUCCAGAAAUCACCAUCACCUCAAUAGAAGACGUGGACGUCGCUUCCAAAGUGGAGGGCGUCAAAACCGCGUGCAUAGCCCCGACCAAAAUCAACACCCAAAAGGUCGCAGGGGGCGAAUCAAUCGUGACCCUUCAGGAGGAAAACAAGGAAAAUCAUAUUGUGACACCUUUGCCGACUCCUGCGGCGCCUUUGCUGACUCCGGAGCCUAAAAACGAGGAAGCGGCCAAUGCGGAGCAGAAGGAAGAGACUGACAGCAACGGCUCGGACAAAACCGUAGUCAAUCCGAGGCGGCCGGGCAGAAAAAGCUACAGCCCGACCAGCAGUGAGGAGGAAGAGCCGCGCUACUCGGUGGCCCAACUGGUCACGGCGUUCAACAAAAAUGACCAGGUGGCGGCCAAUUCCGCCAAAACGUAUGACAAGAGCUUGCCGAGUAAAUUGAAGUUUGUCUCAAGUUUCCCCACGGGCGCCAAUGCCCUGCGUCUGUUCAUUCCCGACAUUGUCAUUGAGGAGAGCAAACGGAAGCGGAGUCCCAUGCCGAGAGUGUUGGGCAGCAGUUUGGAUCCAUUGUCCGAGAUUAAAGAACAGAGCGCCACCUCUCCGGAAAAUAGCGUGUCUCCCGUUCCGAGCGUCGAAGACAGCAAAGUUCUGCUGGAUGACAGAAAUAACAAUUCUCACUCCCAGUACUUGAAAGUGGGCAGUGAAGAUUUGAGCGCCAAAGUGCCCGGGCGCCUCUUCAACCGGUCCGGGUCUCUUUCCAGUGAGGCGAGUGGCUACGACACGCUGAGUGGCGCGUCCAGCCUUGUCUCUCUGGAGGAGCCGUCGCCUCCGACCAGUCUGAACCCAGUGCAAGAAAUUGCUCCGGAGAAAAAGGCAGAGUUGAAGGAGGAGGAGGAGGAGGUGGACAAGUCUUCACCUGAGCCGUCCGAUUUGAAGCCCAAGACGCCGAGAGGGCGCUCGUCUAGCUUGCAGGUGGACUCGUUGAAGCCACCCUGGGGCACGGUGUGCAUUGGGUCUUACAGCAGGGCCAUGGAGCGCUUCAACAACAAGAGCAACGCCAAGCAAGCGAGCAGCGAACGACAAAGACGGAAAUCAAGCCCGCUGAUUAAAACACCGACACAAAAUUGAGUUUUAUUUUUGAGAGAGAAAUUAAUGCAUACAAAUACUAGUCAGUGAAUUCAGAUGACACAGAAUUCAAAUCGCUCACUUGCAAGGUUGAUAUUUCUGUCUUUGAGAUUUUGCUCACAGGACUCGCUCGGCUCGACAAAAGAAAAUGUAUAAAAUACUAUUAUUUCAAAAUCAAAUAAUUGAGAGCUAAUCAAUUUUCUUUGAUUUUACUUUGAAUUAGAGCGUUUUGACAAAUCUUCAAAGUCCUCAUCUCUUUUGAGUAUUUUUCCAUGAGCAGCUCUUGAAGGAGCCUCUGUUGGCCCACCAGUUUAUUUAUUUUUAAAAAUUUCAAUUUUGGCUAAAUUGGUUAAAAGUACUAAUUCUUAAUCUCUAUUACCCGACAAAAGAUCACAGCUAUUUUAAUUUUAUUAUAUUAUUUUUUUUUAAUAGUUUUAAAUGUUUUUUGUACUAAAAAAGCCACACUUUGAAAAUUUUAUAACUGUAAUCUGCAUUUUGGCAAAUAAAAAAACCUAAA